ACCUAACAGUCCAGUCAUUGCUCAGAUUCCAACGGGUGUGGUUGUGUUCAGGCCAGUUUCUUACGUGGAUAUACGGGUCACUUCAUUGGUACCUUCCAACCCCAAACUUUGUGAAGUUUUUACUUUUUUGAUUUCCUGUUCCGAACGAACAAGCAAAAUAGCCUGGUGAUCAAACAUGGCCCCGAAAAUCAAAGCCGGACCGGUGGUGGACAUCCUCGGGGACGAGAUGACCCGUAUCAUCUGGGACUCGAUCAAGGAGAAACUGAUUCUACCCUUCCUGGACAUCGAGCUGCACACGUACGAUCUGGGCAUCGAGAACCGUGACAAGACGAACGACCAGGUGACGGUCGACUGUGCCGAAGCGGUCAAGAAAUACAACGUUGGUAUUAAGUGCGCUACUAUUACGCCGGACGAGGCUCGCGUGAAGGAGUUCAACCUGAAGCAGAUGUGGCGUUCACCAAAUGGAACUAUUCGUAACAUUCUCGGAGGUACCGUGUUCCGUGAGGCCAUUAUUUGCAAGAACGUACCCCGGCUAGUGCCCGGGUGGGAGAAACCGAUCGUCAUCGGUCGUCACGCUCAUGGUGAUCAGUACAAAGCAACGGAUUUUGUUGUCCCCGGUGCCGGUGUUCUGGAAAUUAAGUUUACCCCUGCCGCGGGCGGUGAACCGAUAAGCUACGUUGUGCACCAGUACAAGGGACCAGGAGUUGCCAUGGCCAUGUACAAUCUGGAUGACUCAAUCGUCGACUUUGCUCAUUCCUCGUUCAAAGUCGCGCUUGACCGAAAAUUCCCUCUUUAUUUGAGCACAAAGAACACUAUUCUGAAGAAGUACGACGGUCGUUUUAAGGACAUUUUCCAGGAAAUCUACGAUAAGGAUUAUAAGAAGCAGUUUGAAGCUGCCGGAAUCUGGUACGAGCAUCGUUUGAUUGAUGAUAUGGUUGCCUACUGCAUGAAGGCGGAAGGUGGAUUCGUAUGGGCCUGCAAGAAUUACGACGGUGAUGUACAGUCCGACACGGUCGCCCAAGGUUUCGGAUCGCUUGGUUUGAUGACUUCGGUGCUGGUCUGCCCGGAUGGCAAAACGGUGGAAGCUGAAGCUGCCCAUGGAACCGUUACCCGUCACUAUCGCUUCUACCAGCAGGGCAAGGAAACCUCGACCAAUCCAAUAGCGUCUAUUUUCGCCUGGACUCGUGGUCUGCUGCAUCGUGCCAAGUUGGACAACAACGCCGAUCUGAAGAAGUUUGCUGAAACGUUGGAAAAGGUUUGCAUUGACACGAUCGAAUCGGGCUUUAUGACCAAAGAUUUGGCCAUCUGUAUCAAGGGUAUGGCCAACGUAACCCGGGCGGACUACCUGGAGACUUUCGAAUUUAUGAACAAAUUAGGCGAUAAUCUCAAGGCUGCGCUAGCUUAGGUUACGUCCGUUGGUGGAAGUAGGGCAUUUAAUUGUACAACUAUCUAACAAUUUAGUAUUUCCGUUAUUGUGGCCGAAAGCUGUAUUUUUUCUGGAAGGAAAUAAAAAUCUUUUGGGAGUUUUCUUGGCGAGAUUGCUAAAA